AUGUCCAGCCAAGGGGCAAUCUCUGGAAGUCCCCUCAGGGAUGCUCUUCAGGACAAUGGGCUGACAGGGCGAGUAAUUGGAGGCCACAAGGCUCAACCAAACAGCUGGAAGUGGCAGGUAUCGCUUCAGAUUGCCUAUGCUGAGUACCCAGGGUACUACUCUCACAUCUGCGGUGGAACCCUUAUCAGCACCAAAUGGGUCAUGACUGCAGCCCAUUGCCUCAGCAUGCCACCAGGAGCAACCUACCGAGUAGCUCUGGGUGAGCACGAUCUCUUGAAGGUGGAUGGCACCGAGUACUAUAUUGAUGUAGAUAGGGUCUUCAUUCAUGAUGGCUGGAAUCCCAAUGACAUUGCCAAUGGUGAUGACAUUGCCCUGCUGCGCCUCAGUUCUCCUGCCUAUGACAAUGGGUUCGUUGAGCUGGGAGCACUUCCACCCCAAGGAGAAAUUUUGCCCAAUGACUAUCCCUGCUAUAUUACCGGAUGGGGGGUGGUUAGUGUGGAUGGCAGCAGCGUGGACCAACUGCAGGAGGCGAUGAUGCCGGUGGUCAGCCAUAAGAUCUGCUCCCAGAACGACUGGUGGGGAUCUAAUGCAAAAGUCACUAUGAUCUGUGCAGGUGGAGAUGGUGUGAAAGCUGGAUGCAGUGGGGACUCCGGGGGCCCUCUCAGCUGCUUCAGAGACAACCAGUGGGAAGUCCAUGGGAUUGUCAGCUUUGGGCUAGUUCCUUACUGUAACACCUACAAGAAGCCAACUGUCUUCACACGUGUGUCAGCCUACGUGGACUGGAUCUACAGCGUGCAGGACUGCACCCCCUUAGAUGGGAUGGAGACGUGCGUCAUCCUGGCUCUCUACUGA